AUGCAGACUAGUAUACUGAUCAAAUUCUUCGCGUCGCCCUCGAGGGCGGCGCUCUUCGCAUCCCUUCUCCUCCCCCAGCUCACGUCUGCCUUCUACCUGCCCGGCGUCGCACCGAGCUCCUACAAGAAAGGCGACAAGGUUCCUGUCUAUGUUAACACCAUCAAGCCCGUCGCCGCCCCCGGCGACCAGAUGCUGCACUCUGUUGUGGCCUACGACUACUACCUGCCCAUAUUCAAGCUAUGUCAACCAGAUGGAGGAGCGCAGCCCGUCAGCGAGAGCCUGGGAAGCAUUCUCUUCGGCGACAGGAUCAUGACCUCGCCCUUUGAGCUGAAGAUGGCCACCAACGAGUCUUGUAAAGCUCUAUGCGACGUUGACUAUACGCCGAGCGCGUCAAAGUUCGUGAACGAGAAGAUCGACUUGGGCUACAGCCUGAACUGGCUGGUGGAUGGGCUUCCGGCAGGACAGGACAUCACCGACGAGCUCACCGGGACGGACUUUUACAGCCCGGGUUUCCUUAUUGGCGAGACAAUAGAAGACAAACAGAUCUUCAACAACCACUACGACAUCAUCAUUGACUACCACGAAGUCGGCGGGAACCCCGAUCAGCUGCGCGUGGUGGGCGUUCUUGUUCAACCUCGGUCGCUCGACUACGGCGAAAAGGAUCCAGACUGUGCCGACAAGACAUAUCCUAAUGUGCACCUAUCUGUAGACGGCCAGACUCGUGUCAAGUUCUCAUACGGGGUGUACUGGAUCAAAUCACCAACGGCCUGGGCGACGCGAUGGGAUAAGUACCUCCAUGUCUUCGACCCGAAGAUUCACUGGUUCUCCCUUGUCAACUCGGCUAUCAUUGUGGUUUUCCUGGUCAUGACCGUCAUGUCGGUCCUGGUGCGCACGCUCAAGAAAGAUAUUGCUAGGUACAAUCGCCUGGACUCGAUCAAUCUCGAGGAUCUGAAUGGGACUUCAGUGGUCGAAGAUGGAGUGCAGGAGGAUUCGGGCUGGAAGCUGGUGCAUGGUGAUGUGUUCCGCACUCCCUCGCACCCUCUGCUGCUGUCUGUCCUGCUCGGAAACGGUGCACAGCUCUUCGUCAUGACUGGUUUCACCAUCUGUUUCGCGUUGUUGGGAUUCCUGUCGCCCUCGAACCGUGGCGCGUUGGGCACGAUUAUGGUUCUGCUCUACACCCUGCUAGGUUUUGUCGGUGGCUACGUCUCAGCGCGUGUGUACAAGUCACUUGACGGCGAGAAGUGGAAGCUGAACAUCGCCUUAACGCCGCUUCUCGUGCCGAGCAUCGUCUUCUCCAUGUUCUUCCUGCUCAACCUGUUCCUCUGGGCCAAGCAGUCUGCCGGUGCUGUACCUUUCACGACCAUGCUCGUGUUGGUCCUCAUCUGGUUUGUCAUCUCGGUGCCUCUGUCUGGAGCUGGUUCGUGGGUAGGCUUCAAGUCGCCCGCCAUCGAGGCCCCUGUCCGCACCAACCAGAUCCCGCGCCAGAUCCCGCCGCCGACAACCUACCUCAAGCCGAUUCCCAGUAUGCUGCUGGUGGGCAUGCUACCAUUCGGCGCCAUCUUCGUUGAACUGUACUUCAUCAUGAGCUCCAUCUGGUUCAGCAAGAUCUACUACAUGUUUGGAUUCCUCUUCUUGUGUUACGGCCUGAUGAUCAUCACUUGUGCGGCCGUCACUGUCCUGAUGGUCUACUUUCUCCUCUGCGCAGAAAAUUAUCAUUGGCAGUGGCGGUCUUUCCUGGCCGCAGGCAUGUGUGCCGGCUAUAUCUUCCUCAAUGCACUGGUUUACUGGGUCUCGAAGCUUUCGCUGGGUGGCCUGGUAGGCAGUGCGCUUUACAUUGGCUACAGCGCCCUCAUUUCUUUCCUAUUCUUCAUUUUGACUGGAUCUAUCGGCUUCUUUUCGAGUUGGUGGUUCGUGCGGAAGAUCUACGGCUCCAUCAAGAUCGACUAAGGGUCAGGAACCUACAUAGUAGUCGUGGAAAAAAGAGAUGUGGUCCAGCACGGGCCGGGAAAAGCAUCUGUAUAUUGUUACGCUGUAUCAUCAACGCAUAUGAAAUCUCCUUAAGGAAUCCUGCUUAGACCCGGUAUUCCAUUGGAUUUGAAUGAUCGGACAGUGGAGGGGGAAAAGGUGGAUUCGCAAAAGACAGCUUGGCGUCCAGGUUAAAUGGAAAUGACUUUCAACCCUCUUC